UUGUAGCAUAAUCUGUGGCACCGAAGUUACAGAACUGUAUGAAAAGAAUCAGCAGAAGAAAGCAAAAAUCAAAAUUGAACUUACGAAUAACGACUGAAAUCAGUGGACACGCGUACACAAUUUAAAGAAUUAAUUUAUUAUACUGUUAAAUCAGUAACUGACAUUUGUGACAUCGCUUAACGGAAUUGAUUACAAAUGGCUGAAGUAGCAGAAGUAUCGACAUCUUCAGCUUCUGAACUGCUGGCUGCAGGACGUAGACAUCUCGCUGUUGGAGACUUCAGUGUGGCUGCCAGCACCCUUGCUAAGGCCUGUGAGGCUCUGGCAAAAGAACAUGGAGACACUGCUGACCAGUGUGCUGAGGCAUACUUAUGGUAUGGAAAGUCAUUGCUAGGCUUAUCAAGAGAGGAAAGCGGAGUACUUGGCGAUGGGGUGCCAGGCACUGGCAAUGCCGAUGAUGAAGAAGAUGAUAAUGAAGGUGAUGAGAUUGAAGAAACUGUUGAGAAUGGUGAUGAACCACAAAAUGGUGGGGAGGAGUCCAAAGCUGAAACAAAGAAGGAAAACGGCGAAGUAGAGACAAGUGAAGCUGAAUCAACCACAAAGGAGGUUGAACCAUCCAGCAGCAAUGCAGAGGAUAAUGAGGAGCCUGGAACAACAAAUGGUGAUGCUAAUGACGAGUCUGUCAUGAAUGUGGAUGCUGAGGAUGACGUUGACAACUUGCAGCUGGCUUGGGAAAUGCUUGACUUGGCGCGCAGUAUCCUGUCGCGGCGCGCGGCGGGCGGCGCGGCGGGCGGCGCGGCCGCGCGCGCGCUGCUGGCCGACGUGCAUCUGGCGCUCGGCGAGGUCGCGCUCGAGAGCGAGACCUAUGACAAAGCUGUUAUUGACAUGCAAAGUUGCCUGGAUCUCCAAAAAGAAUUAUACCGAAGCGACGACAGGCGUAUUGCAGAGACGCAUUAUCAAAUGGGCUUGGCGAAUUCCUUGGCAUCCAAUUUUGAAGACGCCAUAACUCAUUUCAAGAAUGCAGCAAAUAUUCUGGAGACUAAAAUCAAGACUUUGGAGACUGAUGCUUCUCUCAAGAAAUUAGGUUCUGAACCCAACUCCAUUGAAAGCGAAAUAAAGGAAUUGAAAGAGCUCCUUCCUGAAAUACAGGAGAAGAUUCAAGAUAUGAUGGAUUAUAAGGCUGAGACAAUCAAACGAGUACGGGAAACUCUGUGUGGCACAAACGGUGAAGGUAGCUCUCAACCGAAUGGCGCAGGUUCAAGCUCUAGUGCCAGUUCCAGUUCCACAGCUCCUAGACCAGCUGCGUCAGAUAUCUCCCAUCUGAUCAAGAGGAAGAGAAAGGCGAGCGACGGUGAGGCAGACUCGUCCGCGGCUAAAAGAGUGAACACGUGAAUCUGAUGUGGCAACACACUAUUAUGAACCUGUAAGGAUCUUAACGCGAACAGAAGCUAAAAUACAACAAAUUAUAGUUAUACAUAAAAUACUGUUGAACUCUUUGAGCCUUUGGCUUGAUAUUCCAAAUUGUUACAUAUUAUUGCCAGUAUUGAGCACUUUAAAAGCUGGUUGAUUCUGCCUUAGAAGCGAGACAGCACUACUCUACUCUUAGAAUGGCAAUAAGCCUGUGUGAAAAGAUCAUUGUACAGAGGCAAGUACGAUAUGUUUUUGUAUAGUUUGUAUAUUAGCGUUAACAAAAUUAAUUUUAAAUCAUAUGUUGUAUUUUUCGCGUUAAGAUCUAAUGUGAUAUGAACGAAAUGUAAUGUAUUGAUCACAUAUUUUGUGCCCGCUAUUGAGUGUUUAAAUGCAAAAAUGUUUAAAAAAGGUAAAUACAUAAAUUUGUACGAGUCUCAUUGGAUAAAUAAAUAAUAGAAAAAAAAGGUUUACAAGCAAACUAUAAAUGCGGAAUGUCUUACUUUUCAUAUUUUUUUUUUAAGUUUACAAAUAACAAAAGUUUAAGUAAAUAGAAAAGUACUCGUUUGGUUAUUUGAGGUUGUGUUGGACUCAAAAUAAUUAAAUUACCGCUCAUGUUAUUGUUUCGGAACAAUUUAGGAGUUCAUAAAGUGUGGAUACAGUGGAAACUGCGUGAAGUAUACAGUAAUGUUACUAUUUGCUCCAGCAAUCUACGACGACUUUUUUGAAUAAUAAUGGAAUUUGGUAUAGAACCUAAUACUUAAAAUUCUUAUCACCUUUUUUCUUUAGGUCUUAUUUGUAGUGCGAGCUUAUCUUCAUGCGACUCUUGUUUUAUAUACCUCUUAUGUAUGCCUAGGUAUAAACAUAAUUCUUGUUGGUAAAGAUUAGUAGUGGUCUUUUGUAAGGUUGAUCAAAAUAAAACCUCCAAAUUCAAACCGCCUUUCGUAAUCAGUUGCAGUUGAGAUUGGUUUGAUCAGUAAAAGCGAUUUCUUUUACACUAAAUGUAUAAAAAUAAAUUUGAUCAGCUUUUCAGAGACCAGUAUUAAUGUCUGCAAAGGUAGCUAUCUCACAAUUGAGGAAUGUUAAAACCUCAUAUUCAGACUUUAAUCUGUUAUGUGGUUUACUCAAACCUGUGUAUCUUUCGUUUUCUUUAACCUAUACCAAUUCGUGCCCUAAAUCUUAAAUAAAUAAUAUAAGUAUUUAGUAAAUAGUUUAAAUAUUUUCUGUUUGUUUUGUGUGUAGGUAAGUGGUGUUGAUUUGAAGCACCGCUAAUACCAUAACAAUCAUUUAAUUAUCUACUGUUCGUACUAUUAUAAACGUUUAUAAUUAGGUAAAAAAUCAAAACUAAUUUCGAGAUAGGUUUCGAAGAUUAGAUAGGUAAGUUGAUAAAUAAUUGGAAAAAAAAUCCUAUUAUUAAGCUGUUCCGUUAUUGUUAGUACAUCGUAAGUUCGUCUUUUCCGACGAGGUUUAUAAUAAAAUAAAUAAUCUUGAUUAUA